AGUAUUUAAGAAGGCUACGCAAUCGGCCACGGGCUAAAACCGCUCAGCCGCUCGCGGCCGCUCGUCCAUUCAAAAUUAAAUAAAUGGUUUUAUUUUAACUUUAUUCUUCCGUAAAUGAAACGGUUAAAAGUGAAGUGAAAGAAGAUAGAACCACAAUGCCUGCCGAUUCGACCAUUAUCGCUGGGGAGGAGGAGAGACAAGACGAUACGCUGUUCCAGAGUAUUGCGGUUAGGUCAAAGCAUGAGGACUUUAUCCGACGCGCAGUGGAUCUGUUGGUGGACCGUGUGGUUUUCGGGAGGUCUUUGAGGACCUCGAAGGUUGUGGAGUGGGCUGCCCCGGAUCAGAUCAAGCAGGCGAUCGAUCUGAAGCCGCGAGAGGGACCAUUGAGCCAUGACCAGCUGUUGGGGAUCAUAGCUGAUGUUGCCCGCUAUUCGGUGAACACAGCACACCCUUACUUCGUCAACCAGUUGUUUUCGUCCGUAGACCCCUACGGUUUGAUCGGCCAGUGGUUGACGGAUGCCCUCAACCCGAGCGUUUACACAUACGAAGUUGCCCCCGUCUUCACUUUGAUGGAGGAAGACGUUCUCCGCGAGAUGAGGAGGUUCGUGGGCUGGGCCAAUGGGGAAGGAGACGGGAUCUUUUGUCCCGGAGGAUCCAUCGCUAACGGAUACGCUAUUAGCUGUGCUCGAUACUUCUUUUUCCCGGAAACUAAGAGCAAAGGCGUGUACGCCGUACCACGCCUGGUUCUAUUCACCUCGGAGCUAGCGCACUAUUCCACCAAGAAGCUGGCUGCUUUCAUGGGCAUCGGCUCAGACAAUUGCAUCCUCGUCAAAACCGACAAUCAUGGCAAAAUCGAUGUUAACGACCUGGAGAAGAAAAUAGAAGAAGCUAUUGAAGACGGAGCCACUCCAUUCUUGGUGACCGCUACAGCUGGUACUACGGUGUAUGGUGCCUUCGAUCCGUUGCUGCCGAUUUCCGCUUUGUGCAAGAAGCACAACAUUUGGUUGCAUGUGGACGCCGCGUGGGGAGGUGGAGCCUUGAUGUCUAAGAAGCAUCGGCAUCUACUAAACGGAAUCGAGCUUGCGGACUCGGUGACGUGGAACCCUCAUAAGCUCUUGGCGGCCCCGCAACAAUGCUCCACGUUUCUAAUUCGACACAAGAACGUACUCAAAGAGGGACACUCUUGCAAUGCCAAGUACCUCUUUCAGAAGGACAAAUUCUACGACACUUCCUACGACACGGGCGACAAACACAUACAGUGCGGACGGAGGGCCGACGUACUCAAAUUCUGGUUCAUGUGGAAAGCGAAAGGCACCGACGGUCUCGAGAAACAUAUCGACAAGAUUUUCGACAACGCCAAAUUCUUCCUUGACCAUAUCCGGCAACGCGAGGGCUUCCGGCUCGUUAUCGAACAGCCUGAGUGUACUAACGUCAUGUUCUGGUACGUACCGCAAUGCCUGCGAGGUCGCGAAAACGACCCAGAUUACAAAGAAAGGUUGCACAAGGUUGCACCGAAAAUAAAGGAGCGAAUGAUAAAGGAAGGAAGUAUGAUGGUCACGUACCAGCCGCAAGGUGAUCUCGCCAAUUUCUUCCGUAUUGUUUUCCAAAACUCUGCUCUAGACCACAAGGAUAUGGUAUACUUUGCUAACGAGUUCGAGCGGCUCGGUAAAGAUAUCGUAGUUUAAAUUCGGAUUCAAUUAUCUUUUUCGAAUUAGUUCCGUUAUUUAUGAAGUGUAAUGUUGUACAAAUAUUGCGUCAUGGCCUGUGAUUAAAUCUAAAAUUAAUUUAUAUUCGUCUAUAUCGAAAUGUUGUUUAGACGUGUCUAUGUUAUAGAAAUUUAUAAGUAGAAUAGUGUCUAUAAAUAAAACGUAGUUUAUGAAAA